AUGUUCCAACGAUGGGCACGGAGCGUUACGGUUGUGGCACUGCUUUGUUCUUUGUUCGGUCAGCUCAAGGGAGGGUUUCUCUUUUUCACGAGUGAUCAAGCAUCGUCCGAAAACGCCGGUCCGGUUGUCCCGACACCAUCAAAGUCCACGGACGAUCUGCCGUACAUGUGCUCCGUUCGGUACCGAGGAGUGCACCGUUGCAGUGCAACCAUAUUGAACCCGAGCUGGUUGUUAACUUCCGGCCACUGUGUCCACGCCAGUGCGCCGAAACUCGAUACACUUUCCAUUGUAUGUGGUGUCCGCAUGUACCGGACGGUGGAUACGGUUCUGCUGCAUCCAGCUUACGCCAUCCAUCCAACCGGUGGUAACGAUUUGGCUCUGCUGAUGCUGAGAAAAGCACUCAACUUUACGAGCUACGUUCAACCAAUUCCGGUGCCCAAUAGUGUGCUACUUCCGGCGGGCACCACUCCCAACGCGAUUAUUGCGAGCUUUGGACGGGUUCAGUCAGGCGCGGAACCGGUUUGGUGGAAUCCUCCGAUUCAGACGACUGAAGUGCAGAUACUGCCUUGGUACGAGUGUCAACGACGUCUAGGGUCAGCUUUUGCCGAUUAUCUCGACACCUCGAACAUCUGUACCGAUAACGGGGCAACGGUGGACCCCGGUGGACCGGUAAUGUUUGCUACUGAUCUGCAGCCCUACAAUCUGCUGGCCAUUGGUUCCUGGAUGGUGGCGCCAUGUGGUGGUCCGGCCAUGCACGUUCUAGUAUCACCACACCUGGACUGGAUCCUAGGCGCUAUCGCACCGCUCGAUUAG